AUGAAGGAGUGGUCGGAGGAUGAGCUGAACUCCUAUGUGCUGGGGCUCUUGAACAAGCUGUUGCAGGUGGAUGGCAAGUACUCGUACCAGGUGUGUGGCUUCGAUGUGUGUCUCAAUGGGUUUUGCAGCCUCCUCUUGGUGAACCGGAAGAGGGUCUACCGAUUGCAAGGUGGUGUGGAGAAAAGCCAGGUGCCUAUUGACAAGCGCGCCUACAAUGGAGGUGAUCUUCAGCCACGCCACAUCAACCAUAUGACCAUGGAAGCUUUUCAUGCCGAGUACCUCCUUUGGGCAGAGGGUGCUGGGGAUUUCCUCAGCAUCUUGGAGACAAAGGUCAUGCCAUCCAAAGGCCGUGAGAUGCGAUGCUGCAUUUUGAAGGGCACCCUGAACUACAAGGCAUUCUUUGAGCAGCUGGAUAUAUCAAUUUCUGGCUUGGUCCCAAAUGCCAAGGGGGGUGAGCCUGAUGUGAACCAUUCAUGGCGCUUCAUUGCUCGAGAGGAGCCUUACUUUCCAGACUAUGCGCCAAAUGGUAAGGAUUGCGUGAUGUUGGUGAAGGAGCUUGUUAGCAGCGAUUGCCUAUCACAGCAGUUUCUGAAAACAGCUGCUGCUGUUGAAGCAGAGCCAUGGAAUCUUACCAGGGUAAAUGCUUCCGGUCCAGUGGACCCAGAGAACUUGUCAGCUGGUGUGCUUUUUGAUGGGCCUUCUGAGCAGGAGAUUCCGGGACUGGUCGAACCACGCGGGCUGGAGGAUGCCCUGAUGAGCGUGGCAGGGGAUGAAUCUACCCUUCUGUACGAGCCAAGUCAGAAGGUUGAGAAGGUUGGUCAUGGUGGUGCUAGACAGUACAUCCACAAGGUCUUCCCUUCCGCCCAGAGCCGGCAAACGGAUUUGGUGGACAUCUUGCGGAAGAUGGCCCAAGGCUUGCCUCUUGAUGCGCAGCCCAUCCAGCCGGGAAGCAUCCUCUUCCUGAAGGGCGCAGGGCGGAUUCACACCGCCAUUGCAGUCUUGAUCUACUGCUACCGGAACAGCAUCACUGUUCUGGAAUAUGAAGACAUCAGUUCAAGGAAUGAUGAAGCAGCCCGUGAUGACCGGAUCAUUGGGGUGAAGCGGCAUGCAGUGGGAAAUGUUCUAGAGAUGCCUGAGGAUUGCAGGACCAUCAUCAUGAACUCUGUCUCGGAGUUUGGGUGGGAAGGUGGCCCGUGGUCAGAUGACAAUUUGAGCAGUCGGAAGAUUGUGCCAGGAUAUGCUUUCCGAACCCGAGGUGCAUUGGCGCGUGAAGUUUGCGAGCAAGUUCCCAACUCGGAAGACUUGAUGAAGACCGAGUUUCUGGGCAAGCUCCAAGGGGGUGCUGAGCCUGACAUGGAGAUGCAUCUUCUAGCAGCUUUGGGGGACAAGGAUCUCAAGUAUAUGCCCCGCGACAAUGCCAGCCCCAAAGAUUUGCUAAAGAUCAGAGUUGAGGGCCAUGAGUUUGAGCUCCUGAAGCAGGAGAUCAACUUUGAUGAACGGGCUUGGGAUGUUUACCAGCGGAAGGUUUCAGAGUUUGACCUGAGGAUGCUGCACCUGAAGGAUGAAUGGCUGCACAAGCGCUUUGGUGUAGUCAAACAAGCAGCUCAAUCCUUUUUGGACACCAGGGUCACUCUCCUAGCCUAUCCUGAGAAAUUUGGGCCUGGGACUGCAUUGGAGACCUGCGAUGAAAUCAAGAAGGAAUCCGAGCAGUGGCUGAAGAAGUUGAACUGCAAGUCCAUGGUGAAACUCUUUGUCCUGAACUACGCUGCCCCAAGCCUUUGCCCGGACAACCUGCAAAAGGUCAAUGCCAUGGUUGUGGGGCAUUCCAUGGUAGAGACUGCUGGUGGUGGGCCAGCAGGGAUCCUCCUCACACCAAUCCACACAUAUUCCACGGGGAACCUGUUCAUGCAGGAGCACACUAUCCUGAAGCAGCUCAACAACGCAUCCAUUGGGGUUGAUGUGCAGGAGAUGGUAACUAUGGAGGCAUUGUCCAUCCCUGGGGCAGAGUCGCUCCUUCCAGCCACUGUGGAUGCUGAUGGUCAUACCAAGGGUGCUGCAAAGUAUGCACAAGUGGGAGGGAAUGCAGCAUCGGCCCUUCUGUCUGAUGGUGUCCAGUUUGAUUCGCAGUCGUGCGUUGGAAUCAUCGACUUGGUGCCCUUGACUGGAUGCUUCUUCAAAGGGUUCAAAAAGCUCAAGAAUCUGAAUGUACCAUUGCGCUACUUUGCAGUGCUUGACCCGAAGCAUUAUGAUUGGUUCUUGGAACAUCUCAUGGACAACCUUACUGCAGAUAUCUUGGAGAAUUCUUUUGAAGUGCCCGGCUUUGUCAUCCCAGAUGUGAAACCUCCACAGUCUCACAUGGAAGAGAAGCCAUCCCCCCCAAUUAUGAAGCGCCUGAUUAUCCACAAGGUGGACAAUGAGCCUGCCACGAUUGCCAUUCCCGAUGACUUGGUGAAGAAAUGGUGGGAUCAUAACCAAUUGGGCACGGAGUUCAAAGCCAUUGUUGAAACCUUCAAUGAAAAACACCCCAAGGUUGAGGACCUCCAGAAGCAGACCACCCCGAACAAGCGCACUGGAACAGCAACAAGCAUGGCAACUCCACCAACAAAGAAGCCAAAGGUGGAUGGGGAACAGGUUAAGGCAGUGCUUGUUUCCAGCGACCAAGAGGGUCGUUUGCCAAAGGGUACCCUCUUGCAUGAAAUCAACCUUGUGAACUUGAAGGACUGCAAGAUUUUCUUCCAUGUUGAUGGCGUGUAUGUCCAGAACUGCCCGUCCUUAUUGCAGUUCUUUGCGAAGGGCCACUUCCUCCGGGCUUUGAAGCCGGAGAAAGGACCAGCUCUGCGUCAAAUUGCACAGAAGUGGCGCGAAGGCUUGCGCGUGUGGAUCGAGCAGCUGGCGCUGGAACCAGGUGGUGAUGCAGGACCCAGUACUGGCUGGCAGCUGCUGGCCGGCCGCUGCCGGCGGCAGCUGCUGUGGAGGGGAGGGCAGGUGGAUGCUUUGGAUGGUUCCCCCAAAACUACUUAG